AUGUUUUGCCUCCAGGUGCUGGUGCUAUGGUGCCUCCAGCUGAUGCUUCCAAAAUGGACUCUGGCCGCACCAACGAUCCCAAACUCCUUCUUCUACCAACAAUACCUCAAUGGGAAGGUCAACAAAUCCAGUUAUUACAAUAAUGUCAACCUCCAUGUGGACUCUGCUUUGUCGUCCGUGUUUGCACUCCGGGGGGGAAAUGCAACACUGCCAUGCAGGUUUUGGUACGAGCCUGAGCUCAACUCUCCCAGGGAGGUGCGAAUUAAGUGGUCCUGGUUUCCUGUCGCUGGGGGACCCCAGACAGACGUGCUGGCGGCUGUGGGAUCCCGCAGUCGAACUUUUAGAAAAUUCAGAGGACGUGUGCGGCUCAGGCUGGACUUUGCAGACGAUGUUUCACUUGAGAUGACUGAACUCCGACUGAACGACACAGGCCGUUAUGUCUGCGAAGUGGUGGAUGGACUGGAGGACAAGAGAACUACAGUGGAUCUUGAGUUGAGAGGUGUAGUGUUUCCAUACCAGCAUCCUCUUGGACGUUACUACUUGAGUUUUCUGGAGGCUCAACAGGUGUGUGAGCAGCAGGACGCCACACUGGCCACUUUCAGUCAGCUCUUUCAUUCCUGGGAGGACGGACUGAACUGGUGCAAUGCAGGCUGGCUGGCCGAUGGCACAGUCCAUUACCCCAUCUCCCAGCCCAGAGCACCUUGCGGAGGCCCCGGGCUUGCCCCAGGCAUUCGGAACUAUGGCAGGCGCCAGCUGACCCACCAUCGCUAUGACGCCUUCUGCUUUUCCUCUUCGAUGCGAGGGCAAGUCUACUAUUUUCAACCUUCCCACAAAAUGAACCUGACCGAGGCUCGACAGGCCUGUGAGGAAGACAAAGCACAGAUCGCUAAAGUUGGACAGCUCUAUGCUGCAUGGAAAUUCAAAGGAUUGGACCACUGCAAUGCCGGCUGGUUGGCUGAUGGAAGUGUUCGCUAUCCCAUCACAAGGCCGCGAAGAAACUGCGGUCCUUCUGAGCCGGGAGUGCGCAGCUUCGGUUUCCCUCCUCCGCAGGAAAAGCGUGGAGUUUUCUGCUACAAAGCAGAGGAGUAAUGUAUAGUAGAACCAACUACAGUACACUCUUC